AUGUUCUCCCAAAACAGUAAGCUUGUUAACUCCACAGUAAGAGAUGACUUCGUCAGACAAUCAUUAAACAAAAUCAGCAAGUGGGCUUUCCCGAAAGUUUUCUCAGUCGGGCCUGCAUACAUGCUUCUCAUGCACAUGGAAACACUAGGCUCAAAAAGCCCUUGGACUAAAGAAACAGUGUGGGCAGACAUAGAUAAGUGGGUAUCAGGUGAACAGCAAGGUGAUUUUGAACUUUUGCAACCAUACAUAGACUCCAUAUUCACGCAGUGGGGUCAUGACUCUAACCGCAACAACUUUUUGCGCUUCAAGGAAUUCUGCAACGACCCAAUGCGCUGGGGGACAAGUGGAGGUGCUAAAAAAACAAAAUUCAAAGGAGAGGUGUACAGGAGCAAGUGGGCGUGGGCCUUUGGCCGGCUCUUAGAUAAUAAGGGCAGACCGAAGGACAGCGUUGACCUGUAUUCUGAAGCCUGCAAAGAGCCUGAAGUGUGUGUGGUUGCUUUCAAGGAAGAGGAAAAGAAAACGCGAGAGAUUAUAUAG